CGUCGCUGAUUUGAUCGUUGUUGUUCAGAUUUAGCUAGCUAGAAUAAGUACGUUGUACAGUAUUUACAAAUGAUUGAUUUUAUUUUUUCAUUUCUACGGUAAAAUUUGAGCUUUGAAACGAGUCGUAACUGAUCCAGAAGGCUGAGACUUCUUAAAAUUCGCCAAGACUUUGAAUGCGACAUAUCUGCGCCGCGCGGCAUUAGGCAAUGAUGUUCCGAGCCGUACUCGGGGUUUUGGUCUCUAUCGCCUGUGUGCAGGCUCUCUACGACGGAGAUUCCAACGUGAUCGAGCUGACAACGACGAAUUUUCAGAAAGAAGUAGUGAAAAGUAACGAUCUUUGGAUUGUGGAGUUUUUUGCGCCAUGGUGUGGGCACUGCAAAAGUCUGGCUCCUGAAUACGCCAAGGCUGCUAAAGCUCUCAAGGGAUUUAUCAAAGUCGGCGCUGUGAAUGUGGACGAUCAGCGAUCGCUCGGGCAAGAGUACAAUGUGCAGGGCUUCCCCACCAUAAAAAUCUUCGGCACCGACAAGAAGAAACCCGAAGAGUAUAGCGGACCCCGCACGGCGGAAGGCUUGAUUGACGGCGCUUUUAAGGCCGCCCGAGCAGCCGCCCUGGGCCGCAUCGGGAAAAAGGCGUCUUCUGGCGGCGGUGGGGGCUCUAGCGGUGGAGCGAACAAUAAAGGAAACAGCGAACCCGGUGGCGGCAAGGAUGUUGUUAAGCUGGAUGACUCUAACUUUGAAGAGCUGGUAUUGAACAGCGAUGAACCGUGGAUGGUGGAAUUCUACGCUCCGUGGUGCGGACACUGCAAGAGUUUAGCCCCGGAAUGGGCCAAAGCCGCGUCGGAAUUGAAGGGGAAAAUGAAGCUGGGCGCGUACGAUGCGGAUGCGCAGAAGACCUACGCCGGACGCUACCAGAUCCGCGGCUUCCCCACCAUCAAAUAUUUUGCGGCGGGCAAGAAGGACGAUCCCCAGGAUUAUGAUGGACCCCGGGAUGCCAGUGGCAUAGUAGCCUGGGCCAGCGACAAAUCUGCGGAUAGCGCGCCCGCACCGGAGUUGUCAGAAAUCGUCGGACCGGAAGUCGUUAAAGCGUCUUGUGAAGGUCAACCGCUCUGCAUCAUCUCAGUUCUUCCGCACAUUCUGGAUUGUCAAUCUAAAUGUCGGAAACAGCACUUGGAAAUGUUAACUAAGAUGGGCGAAAAGUACAAACGCCAGCGAUGGGGCUGGUUGUGGGCGGAGGCCGGCAGUCAGCCGAAGCUGGAGGAGGCCAUCGGAUUGGGCGGUUUCGGUUAUCCCGCCAUGGCAGCGGUUAGUGUGAAAAAGGGGAAAUUUGCACACUUGAGACUGUCCUUUAGUCAAGAUGGGAUCAACGAAUUUUUGAGGGAAUUGGCUGCGGGAAGGGGCUCAACAGAACCGAUUAGGGGCGGAGCGCUGCCUAAGGUGGAGAAAAUUGAGGCGUGGGAUGGGAAGGACGGGAAAUUGCCCGUAGAGGAGGAUAUUAACUUGGAUGAUAUCGAGUUGGAUCCCAUAGCAAAAGAAGAGUUGUAGAUUUUGUCUUUCUUUGUGAUGACACGAUGCGGACAUAUACCCGAGCACAAGAACAUAGCUUGCUGAUGUUUGGUCGCCAGUUUUGUUAUCGUUUGUUGAAUAAUAGAUUUUGUUGUUUUAUUCUUCUGAUUUCCAGUUUCUUGAUUGAUAAUACGUUAAUGACUAUGCUUUUAUUGCAUGCUGCCACAUAUCGUCCAGAUUACUGCACAGGGAUGCAGAUUUAAUUCCAUUUGAUCCCUGUUAAAUGAUUGUUCGCGAAUUAGCGUGUACCACAGUAAUUUGCGAUAAAAAUCAGUCAUUUCGGA